AUGCCAGUUAGUCAGGAUAGGAAGAAGGGUGUGAUACUGGAAAACCCCGUCAAGGAGCAAAAAAACUGGAGGAUCCCACUGCAACAAGCAAUGCCGGAGAAAAGAAGGGGCACCCAAAACCUGGACCUUAAAGGAACUACAGCAUCAAGGAAGCUAGCAAGUCUAGGACGCUUGUCACCAAAAGUGAAGGCUAUGAAACCGGCCAGAGAGGUGCCUAUUGAAGUGCGCAAAGUCCCUCGCCAUGAGAAAACCAGUGUCUAA